CCCGCUCUCUCUCCCACUUCUCUUGCCUCCUCCUUGGGAACCAGGUGAAGCUCCAGCAUCCAGACAUGUCCUGCUACAGCCCGUGUGUGCCCUGCCGGCCCUGCGGCCCGACCCCGCUGGCCAACAGCUGCAAUGAGCGCUGUGUCAGGCAGUGCCAGAGCUCCACCGUUGUCAUCGAGCCUCCUGCUGUGGUGGUGACCCUGCCCGGCCCCAUCCUCAGCUCCUUCCCUCAGAACACCGUUGUGGGCUCCUCCACCUCUGCUGCCAUUGGCAGCAUCCUCAGCUGUGGUGGAGUGCCCAUCAACUCCGGGUGCUGUGACCUCUCUGGCAUUUCCCGACGCUAUGGUGGCAGGAGGUACCUCCUCUGAUAAACGUGCUGGGAGAGCCCCCGGAAGACACAUGGAGGAAGUCAGGGCAUGGUGCUGGAUAGAGGAUCGAUCUUCUGGAUGUUGUUUUCAACACAGCUGAAUGAACUUUCCUUUCUCUCCCUUCUCCACGGCCAAGAACUGCAGACUCUUGGGUUUCCCCAGGGUUCCCUGUACUGGUGCUCUGCACUCGCAGUCUUUGUUUCCCUCUUUUAACUCAUUAAAGUUCUGCUUCACUGGCAA